AUGCCAUUGACACAACUCACGAGGAAGAAUCAUAAGUUUGAAUGGACUGAAGCUUGUGAGAAAAGUUUUCAAGAUUUGAAGCAAAGAUUGGUUUCUGCUCCAGUACUUACUAUUCCAUCUGGAUCAGGAGGACUUGUGAUUUAUAGUGACGCUUCAAAGCAAGUUGCAGACGCACUGAGUAGAAAGUCUCAUGGUAAUGUGUCAUUUUUGAGGAAACUGACAAGACCACUUCAGGAGGACAUGUGCAGAGCGGAGAUUGAGGUGAUCACAGGAAGAUUAUCAGUGAUGACUAUUCAGUCUACCUUGUUAGAGAGAAUCAAACAAGGUCAAUGUGAGGAUCCUUACUUGGUGGAACAAAAAGGUGAAUUGGAAAGUGGGAAGGUCAAUGAGUUUAGUGUGUCAUGUAAUGGGAUGCUAAAGUUCAAGGAAAGAGUUUGUGUCCCUAAUAAUGAGGAGUUGAAGAGAGAAAUCCUUACCGAAGCUCACAAUACCUUGUAUUCAAAACCUGCUGGUUUACUACAACCAAUACGGAUACCAGAGUGGAAAUGGGAAGAGAUUACUAUGGAUUUUGUAGUUGGAUUGCCAAAGACUUCUAAACAACAUGAUGCUAUCUGGGUUAUAGUAGACCGAUAUACCAAAUCAGCACACUUUCUUCUGGUACGCAUGACUUAUACUAUGGAUCAGUGGGCUGAAUUAUAUGUUCAAGAGGUUGUUAGACUUCAUGGAGUGCCAGUAUCUAUAAUUUCAGACCGGGAUGCUCGAUUUACUUCAUUGUUUUGGGAAAGUUUGCAGAGAGCAUUGGGCACAAAAUUGAAGUUUACUACGCUUUCAUGCAACGAUUGGUGUAGCACCGUAUGA